AGUCAAUGAAUAGACUCUGGUCCAACAAUGUGUGCACAUUGAAUCACAAGCUCAACGUACAGUGCCCUGUCAAGUACACUACAGUAACUUGUUUACAGAUGAUACCUUCCUACAAUUACUGUGUAACUCACCAUUCAAGGGCAGGCUAGCUGUUUAGUUUGCAGAAUCCCUCCAACAGAACUGCAUGUAAUUAAAUAUAAGCUGAAUCAAGAAUGUGGCAGUACAAUAUUAUAACAAACAUUGUUAGAACAUUGCAGCAUGCAUUUUCACCAUGACUGUUACAGUCAACCUCUUUUCAAUAGAUACAAGUGUGCCAACUGUUCUGCAUUUGCAUGACUUCCUGUAUCUAUGCCUGGAAGAUCCACCCCUAAUUGCACACAACACCCAUGUGUUAGUUUCUUCUACCACCUCACCACCAUUAUGGAACCUCCACUGCUGCUGCAGCUGGUUCUAGCCCUUCUCUGCACUCAAGCAGACAGUCAAGUGACGGUGAGUUUCGAACAGCAAACCUCGCUAGUCAAUGAAGAAGUUGGCAGCCUGGAGGUCAACGUUACUCUCAGCACCGCCAACUUUUCAUCACCAGUAUUUGUGAAUGUGGCUACCUUCGAGAUCUCUGGAUCAGCAAAAGGCUCACAGGAUUUCAUACCUGUUAAUUUAAGAAUGGAGUUUCCUCCAGGCACUGAUCGCCAAUCUGUGACCCUGUCCAUUAUCGAUGACACUCAAGUCGAACAGUUUGAGUUCUUUAUGCUGAAGGCCGUAAUAGUCAAUGGCAACUCGUCAUUUGUCCGAACAGCAUCUAUUAUCAUCCAGGACAAUGAUAUUCCGAUUAUUGCCUUUGAGGAGUUGCAGUACAUCUUUUCUGAGACUGACAGAGCAGCUAAUGUGUGUGUGGUGACCGUAAAUGGAGCCAUGGAUAGAGAUGUGAGCUUCACUGUAAGGACAGCACUGGGAAACGCUUCAGACAUACUGGACUACAUUCCUUUCAUAUAUGACAAGUUGUUCAUCCCUAAUGGUCCCACUCGCAUUUGUGCCUCCCUCACCAUCCAAAACGACAGCCUUGUGGAGGACACAGAGUUCUUCUAUGCUCAGCUGAUGGUGGAUGGGGAAAUUAGCACGAACCGUGGGAACACUACCAAGGUGUUCAUUACAGAUGCAAAUGGAGCUGUUGUGAGGGUAGUCAACGGUACUGGCAGUGCUACCAGUUUGUUUACAUUGACUGAGGGAGACGUCAACACCGUCCUCACCCUGUGUGCCCAGCUGGUGUCUGGAGGGGGCGUGGCACCUGAAAGCAGUGGACUAGAGAGAGAGGUGCCUCUACUGCUAACUACAACAGGCAUCACAACAGAUAGAGAUGAUUUUUUGCCAGUGAUGGACGGUCUUCUCGUCUUACCUUCUGGGCUGGUAAAUGAAGAGAUGCGAUGCUCUGAUAUCACAAUCCUUGGUGACACAGUUUAUGAGACAGCAGAAUCGUUCAAUUUUACUUUCAGAGCAACUAAUCCUUCAGACAGUCUGGAGAAGGGGGGAACAGGCAUUGUAGUGAUUCUUAAUGAUGAUCCUGUCGAUUGUGGCCCCCCGCCCCCUCCCGUUGACGGAGCUGUGGACCUGCCCUCGACAACCUUUCAGUCCGUGGCCCAAUACAGCUGCAGAGAUGGCUUUUUCCUCAUAGGAGUGUCCACUAGAGAGUGCCAGGCCUCGGGACUAUGGUCCGACAAUGUGCCACUCUGUAUUAGUGUAGAGACUAAUGAAAACACCCUCCACCUGGCUCUGGUCAUUGCCCUCCCCCUGACAUUCUCACUGGUGAUUGUUUUUGUCGUGAUUCUUGUGCUGUGCUGUUGGUGGAGAUACUACAAGAGGAGUGCAACCUACUCACUCGAGAAGUACAAAUUCACAGGUCACAUUUCUUCUGUCAGCCAGAACAGGAGCACGGGCUUUACAGGGUCCAUCCAACAGCCGAGGUACGGGAUAGCAACACAUAGAACCACCCCCUCCUCUGUUUGUCUCUCCAUGGUGAACAUCAACCCUCAUGUGACAGUGCAGGUGGAUAGGAGCAGCAUCAAUAGUGAAUACUCUGAGGUACAGACUGUCUCGUUUGAGGAAGUGUUUUGAACGUUAUUUUAAUAUCACUUUUGAACUUAGUAUAUAAUUAUGCAGGUACAAUUUGCAUAAAUUGUUGCACUGCUAUACACAUACAAAAAUAAUAUAU